GGCUCCCGCCGAGCCGCCACCAGCGUCGCCUUGGCAACCGAGCCCGCCCGUAACGGCCGCGGAGGGCGUGCCGCGAAGGUACCGCCCCAGUGCAUGCGCAGUGCGCCCGCUGACCUCACCGCCGCCGAGCUGUGGGGGCUUCCACCACCUACCAUAGAGACCCGCGGGAGGCGCGUCCUCUCUAGCCUUCGGCUCACUCUCUAUGAAUGGACUGCUGAAUUUGGAAUUAUUGCAGACUCAACAGUACAGCACAGCUCAUUGUUUCGUCUAUUACUAGUUAUUUAAAUUGGACUUUUAAUAUCCUGCCAGCUGCUGUUCACACACACAUGGUGCAUUGUUGCCAUUCUCAGAAUUGCAUCUUUGAAACCCAGACCCUCAGUAACCUUCAUCGAACAAAGAGGCGACCUCCUGCGUACAUUCAUAGAGGGAUUUUUCGAACCUGCUGCCCUCUAGCUUUCUUGCUGGUGCUGUAUUUGUGAGACACCAUGGAGCCCACUAUGGAGUACUGCUUAGCACAGGUGCUGCAGAAAGAUGUUGGAAAGAGACUUCAGGUUGGCCAGGAAUUGAUAGAUUACUUCUCAGAUAAACAGAAGUCAGCUGAUCUUGAACAUGAUCAGACUAUGCUGGAUAAAAUGGUUGAUGGACUGGCCACUUCUUGGGUCAAUUCCAGCAAUUAUAAGGUGGUUCUUCUGGGGAUUGACAUAAUUUCUGCAUUAGUAUCCCGCUUGCAAGAUCGCUUCAAGGCCCAAAUUGGCACAGUGCUGCCAAGUUUACUUGAUAGGCUGGGAGACUCUAAAGACUCAGUGAGGGAGCAGGAUCAGACCUUGCUGCUGAAAAUCAUGGAACAAGCUGCUAACCCUCAGUACGUGUGGGACAGGAUGCUAGGAGGAUUCAAACACAAGAAUUUCCGGACAAGAGAAGGGAUUUGCCUCUGCCUUAUUGCAACGCUCAAUGCAUCUGGAGCUCAGAGUUUAACACUGAGUAAGAUAGUGCCACAUAUAUGUAACUUACUUGGAGAUCCAAACAGCCAGGUUCGAGAUGCAGCAAUAAACAGCCUUGUGGAAAUAUACAGACAUGUUGGUGAACGUGUAAGGGCUGAUCUCAGUAAAAAAGGAUUACCCCAGUCUCGGUUGAAUGUAAUUUUUACAAAAUUCGAUGAGGUCCAAAAAUCUGGAAACAUGAUCCAGAGUUCAAGUGAUAAAAUUUUCGAUGAUGAAGACUCCAUGGAUGGGAACAGACCUUCCUCAGCUAGCUCCUCUACAUCUUCAAAGGCCCCUGCAAACUCACGCAGAGUUGGGAUGGGGACUACCCGCAGACUUGGGUCUGCAGCUCUGGGCUCCAAGUCCUCAACAGCCAAAGAGGGAGCAGGUGCUGUGGAUGAAGAAGACUUUAUUAAAGCAUUUGAAGAUGUCCCAACAGUUCAGAUUUAUUCCAGCCGUGAUCUUGAGGAAUCCAUAAACAAAAUAAGAGAGAUACUAUCAGAUGAUAAGCAUGACUGGGAACAGAGAGUUUCUGCAUUGAAAAAGAUACGCUCCUUACUUUUGGCUGGAGCUGCAGAAUAUGAUAACUUCUUCCAACACUUAAGACUUCUGGACGGAGCAUUUAAAUUAUCUGCUAAAGACCUGCGGUCUCAAGUAGUACGAGAGGCUUGUAUCACGUUGGGACAUUUAUCAUCAGUUUUGGGAAACAAGUUUGACCAUGGGGCAGAAGCCAUCAUGCCAACAAUUUUUAAUCUAAUUCCGAAUAGUGCCAAAGUCAUGGCCACUUCUGGUGUUGUAGCAGUUAGAUUAAUCAUUCGACAUACACACAUCCCUCGAUUAAUACCCAUCAUAACCAGUAAUUGUACCUCCAAGUCUGUUGCAGUUAGAAGGCGCUGUUUUGAAUUUUUAGAUUUGCUGUUGCAGGAGUGGCAAACACACUCCCUAGAAAGACACAUAUCAGUGUUAGCUGAAACAAUAAAGAAGGGAAUUCAUGAUGCAGACUCUGAAGCCAGGAUAGAGGCAAGAAAGUGUUAUUGGGGUUUCCACAGUCACUUCAGCCGAGAGGCAGAGCAUUUGUAUCACACCUUGGAGUCUUCCUACCAGAAGGCUCUGCAGUCACAUUUGAAGAACUCUGACAGCAUCGUGUCCUUGCCACAGUCAGAUCGCUCUUCCUCCAGCUCCCAGGAGAGUCUCAACCGUCCUUUGUCUGCCAAAAGAAGUCCUACUGGAAGUACUACAUCCAGAGCAUCUACAGUAAGUACAAAAUCUGUGUCAACACCAGGAUCUCUGCAGCGAUCCCGCAGUGACGUCGAUGUGAAUGCAGCAGCUAGUGCCAAGUCAAAAGUGACGUCUUCUGGAUCAUCCACCCCCUUCAGUUCUGCUGCAGCCUUGCCCCCAGGCUCAUACGCAUCACUAGAUGGUACUACCACUAAAACUGAGGGAUUUUCUAUUUUUUGGAAGACUGAAGAUCAGGGAGAGUUACAACAACAUGGCACACCACAGCUAGAGCAUGUGAAGGAUGAGUUUAAUCACUGUCGGAUUCGUACAAGGAGACAGAGCUCUGGCAGUGCCACAAGCGUCACCUCAAUGCCUGCUGAUACCCGAGGCCGCAGCCGGGCUAAAGUAGUUUCCCAGUCCCAGCGAUCCAGAUCAGCUAAUCCUGCUGGUGCUGGUAGCCGGUCCAGUUCCCCGGGUAAGCUCUUAGGAAGCGCCUAUGGUGGCCUGAGUGGUGGAACAUCCAGAGUCCAGCCAGUGCCAUCAUCUUCAGAGAAGCGCAGCAAGAUCCCUCGGAGCCAGGGAUGCAGUCGAGAGACGAGUCCCAGCAGAAUAGGACUAGCACGGAGCAGUCGUAUCCCCCGACCCAGCAUGAGUCAGGGGUGCAGUCGUGAUACCAGCCGUGAGAGCAGUCGAGAUACAAGCCCUGCUCGGGGCUUUCCUCCACUUGCUUCUCGACGUCAUUCCAGGUCCACUAGUGCUCUCUCCACUGCUGAUUCUGUUGGGCAGUCAGACCGGUUUGGACUCGGACAGCCAGGCAGGAUGCCUGCUUCUGUGAAUGCCCUGCGAGUCCUGAGCACAAGCACAGAUCUGGAGGCUGCUGUGGCCGAUGCACUGCUGUUAGGAGACUCCAGGAGCAAGAAAAAAACAGUGAGAAGAAGAUAUGAACCCUAUGGGAUGUACUCCGAUGAUGAUGCUAACAGUGAUGCAUCAAGUGCUUGCUCAGAGCGCUCCUAUGGUUCCAGAAAUGGGGGCAUUCCACACUACCUGCGGCAGACUGAAGAUGUGGCUGAGGUUCUGAACCACUGUGCCAGCUCCAACUGGUCUGAAAGGAAAGAGGGGCUCAUAGGUCUUCAGAACUUACUGAAAAGUCAGCGGACACUGAGCCGAGUUGAGUUGAAAAGACUAUGUGAAAUAUUUACUCGCAUGUUUGCUGACCCUCACAGCAAGGUCUUUAGCAUGUUUCUGGAAACCCUGGUUGAUUUCAUCAUCAUUCAUAAAGAUGACUUGCAGGAUUGGCUUUUUGUUCUCCUGACACAGUUGCUAAAGAAAAUGGGAGCAGAUUUGCUGGGGUCUGUGCAGGCGAAAGUUCAAAAAGCUCUGGAUGUCACCAGGGAUUCUUUUCCAUUUGAUCAACAAUUUAACAUUUUGAUGAGGUUUAUUGUAGAUCAGACCCAAACACCAAACCUGAAGGUGAAAGUUGCUAUCCUGAAGUAUAUUGAGUCCUUGGCAAGACAGAUGGAUCCAACAGACUUUGUGAACUCUAGUGAGACAAGACUUGCUGUAUCUAGAAUUAUAACUUGGACAACAGAACCAAAGAGCUCAGACGUGAGAAAGACCAUGCAUAGUUGGGUGGGUGAGGAUUUGCCAGCUAGGACAACUACAGCUUCCUCAGGGCCCGGUGAAGGAAACUUGGAAGAGAAAUGUAAACAGGCAGCACAAAUAGUCCUGAUUUCUCUCUUUGAAUUGAACACUCCUGAGUUUACCAUGUUACUUGGUGCCUUGCCAAAAACAUUCCAGGAUGGUGCUACCAAGCUCCUGCACAACCACCUCAAGAACUCGAGUAACACCAGUGUGGGUUCCCCCAGCAAUACCCUUGGUCGGACCCCUUCCCGGCACUCCAGCAGCAGAACCAGCCCCUUAACUUCACCUACCAACUGUUCCCAUGGUGGGCUGUCUCCAAGUCGGUUCUGGGGUUGGAGUGCAGAUGGGCUGUCGAAGCACCCCCCUCCCCUUUCUCAGCCUAACUCCAUCCCCACUGCUCCUUCCCACAAGACUUUCAGACGCUCUUACUCUCCCAGUAUGCUGGAUUAUGACACGGAGAACCUAAAUUCUGAUGAAAUCUACAGCUCUCUUCGUGGAGUCACAGAAGCAAUAGAAAAAUUUAGUUUCCGUAGUCAAGAGGACCUGAAUGAGCCAAUCAAACGUGAUGGAAAGAAAGACUGUGACAUUGUGUCUCGAGAUGGUGGCCUUGCUGUGCCUACCAGUGAUGUCCGUGGAAGCAGUGACAUUGUGGAAGGUGGAAGGAUGGCUCUAGAUAACAAAACUUCCCUACUUAACACCCAGCCUCCCCGCGCCUUUUCAGGGCCACGUGCUCGAGAAUAUAACCCCUAUCCUUAUGCUGACACAAUUAACACCUAUGAUAAGACUGCCCUGAAGGAAGCAGUGUUCGAUGAUGACAUGGAUCAGCUUCGGGAUGAAGUGCCCAUUGACCAUUCAGAUUUGGUGGCCGAUCUUCUGAAAGAGCUCUCCAACCACAACGAACGAGUGGAGGAGCGGAAAGGAGCUCUCCUGGAACUGCUGAAGAUCACAAGGGAAGAUAAUCUUGGAGUUUGGGAGGAACAUUUCAAAACCAUUCUGCUCUUGCUGCUGGAAACUCUGGGAGACAAAGAUCAUUCAAUAAGAGCCCUGGCACUGCGAGUCCUGAGAGAGAUCUUACGAAACCAGCCAGCAAGGUUUAAGAACUAUGCAGAGUUGACUAUCAUGAAAACACUGGAAGCACAUAAAGAUUCCCACAAGGAGGUCGUCAGAGCUGCUGAAGAAGCUGCUUCCACCCUGGCAAGUUCCAUCCACCCUGAGCAAUGCAUCAAGGUGCUUUGCCCCAUCAUUCAGACUGCAGAUUAUCCAAUUAAUUUAGCUGCCAUCAAAAUGCAGACGAAAGUAAUUGAGAGGAUUUCAAAGGAAUCGUUGCAUCAGCUCCUUCCUGAUAUCAUUCCUGGGUUAUUACAGGGUUAUGAUAAUACAGAGAGCAGUGUCCGUAAAGCUAGUGUAUUUUGCCUAGUGGCAAUUUAUUCAGUAAUUGGAGAAGAACUGAAACCUCAUCUCGCACAACUCACAGGAAGCAAGAUGAAGCUACUAAACUUGUACAUAAAGAGGGCCCAGACCACCAACAGCAACAGCAGUUCCUCUUCAGAUGUUUCAACGCACAGUUAAUGGAGAUAUGUGGACAUAUGUGUAGACUUAGAAGCAAUCAACGGUGCCUCUCAGAGACCUUUCUGCUACUCUUCACUGGCGUGCUUCAUCAGCUCAAGGAGGCCAUGCAGAUAUUUAUUGCAAUCAGUAUUUUAGUUCCUUAAAAGCUUUUAUGUAGAAUCUUACUGGUAUUGAAUGUAAAGGAAGCAAGGUCUGUGUUGCAGUCUUCAUUAAAAGUGAACAACAGAAAGCCAUACUUAAACAUAUUUGUAUAGCCUGCUGAAAUCUCAGAAAUAUGUUUAGGUUAGCAUUCCAAAACUGAGUUCAGAAACCUGGAUAUGCAUAAAAGUCAAACAAAUCUUGUUGGUUUAGUUCAUACCCAGUUUUAGUUUCUGUGUGCUAGUUACCUGUUCUCUCCCAUCAGCUGCUCUGGCUAGGUUCUCUUCUUCUUACAAGUCUUGUGGUCCUGUUCUGUACUCCCUGCUGCAUCUUACCUAAUGUGCAGAGCUGUCUGCAGGGAGAUCUUUGCAGAUGUGGUUGUGAUUCCAGCCUUGGAUGCUUUAAUACUGGGAGAUAUCAAGUGCAUAAUGAAAAAGUAGGUUCUUUUUAAACAUCUGAGAUUUUGUACAUAGUUCUUCUGACUGACCUUUGAUAGGCUAAUUUCUCUUUAACUGCUCUCCAGCCAGCUGUGCUAUGCAGAACAGCUGGGCUCUUGCUCCUUUCAUUGACUGUGUAAAUAUUUCUCCCCUCCUAACCCAUUUGGCUCUUUCAUAUGCUCAAAAGACUCUCCAGGUUACUUGUCACUCCACAAAGGGAACCUGAGACCCAGUUCUGGGACUGAUGGCCUGCGAACGGGACACUGGAGUUGGGUGGGUGAGUGUUGGAUUAGGUACUGAGGGUGCCCAUGGGUGGGCAGUGGGGCUCGCAGGGCUGUGUCUCAGUGCUGCCUUGUGAGGCUAGCUGCAUUUUUGAAGUAUAUAGUGUUGAAGGGCUGAUCUGCUGCUCUGACCUGACCCACUGGCAGUGGGUGGUGAACGGCUUUAUCCCCACAACUCCUUUAUGCUUUGGGCAAAAUGUUCACCAUAGAGGUCAGAAAGAGUGUCUGAAACGGAACAAAAAGACCCCGUGGAAGCACCUGCUGAGCCAUCUGGGACAAUGCUGGUUGCCUGCCACAUCUCUCCUCCUGUGCCUGAAAAGCCUGCAGUGCUGUUAGCUGCCUUUAGAAACUUCCUUCUUCCUGGCCAGCACCACGCACAGCCCUGCUGGGUGCUCUGUAUUUUGGAGGGGUGUGGAGAGCCCUUGCUGGGCACUACUGUCAACAGGGUGCUCUGGAUAAGGGUACCACAGCGCAAAUCCUUUUGCAGCCUCAUGACACAGACCAGGUCAGAGCCAAACCAGCAGCACCAAAUACCCCACAGCACAAGAUUUCCCAAAGGGAACAUUCUCCAUUUGGAAAUGGUGAGCUCCCAUGCCUCUGCCUGUAACCAGGGGAAGCAGGAGGAGGAUGCUAGUGCUGUGUUUGGCCCUGAGCUGGAUCCUGGCUGAUGGGCAUGCCCACCCCAAACAUACAGUGGAUUGGAACUGGCUUUUUGCCGGCAGUGCCAGCAGUGCAAGAGGAUGGUGGACCUGCAGCUUAUAGCUGCAGCUGUGCUGAUGGAUGUGUGCUCCCUGGCUAUUCUCAGUGCCUUGGUCUCUCUCCAGCCCUUCCAUUUCUGCUUUGGGGAGCUGAAGGGAUGCCUUGGUAGUGUACUGAGAACGUGAAAGUCUACUGCAGCAGGGAGUGCAGUGAGGAGGGUAAAGCCACAUUGUUCUCCCUUCCUGUCAGUUCAUCCCUGUGUGUCUAACCCCUGGCCUCAAGGAGCUGGGAGGUGAUGCUUGGUGCCAGCUCCCUUCCCAGUCCUUGGCUCAGGAAGGACUGGGGGCUGGUGGGAACUGUGCAAGAUUGGGCUGCUAAGCUUGUUGGUCCUUUUCCCUGCUGAUGUGAGAACAGAGGAGGUGACCUGCUCCCACGUUUGUUAGGAUAUGUCCAGGCUUUUGCAGGCUGCAGGGUUAGUUCCCUCAGCUUUCCCCAAGCGUAAUGCCAUAGCAGGAGAAAGGUGAGAUCUUGGUGGGUGGGAUUCCCCCAGGGUCUUUCCCACAGGCUCAGAAAAGCCAUCCUCAUCAGAGGGAGGAUCGGCUGCUCCAUGGUUGGUGUCUCCCUUUCCGUGGACCAUUUCUUUUCAACAUCUUUCAGUAUGCUUAUUAGAAUAUUAUUCUUUUUAAUUUUUGAAUGAUUCAGAUUAUUGUCGUUUAACACAAAUUUAUUUUCCCUUUUGAGGAAAUACUCAGCUGACUUGUUGGCAGCAGUUAGCUGUCUUGUGUGAAUUUUUAGUGGUGGGUUUGGUUUUUUUUUUUUGUUGUUUGGUUUGGUUUUGAUUUUAUUUUUAUUUUUUUUUUAAUUUGUACUUUGACUGCUUAGUAUUUAUGCCUCUCCUUCUCCUCAUCUCAGUUCAGCGUCUUCUGUUCCAGAUCUGUGGUUCAGGAGGUCAGCAUAGCUGACCAGAUGGAGAUUAGUCCCUCCCAGCUGUAAUGGAGCUUGGUCCAUCACCGUUUGCUGUUUCUUUAUUAUUGUUUUUAAUAGCACACUAUAGUAAAUCUCCAGGAAUUGAAUUCCUUCUCAAAUGUUUUUAUAUAUUUUAUCAAAUCCUGUUAGUAUGCACUGAGAGCGAACACACUGUAUCGUCCCUGAAAUGAUGCUGGUGCAUGUGCUGACACUGUGGUAGGAGUUAACAGCUCAUCCUUGACAAGAUACAUGCAACUGGCUGCUGCUCCAGUGACCUGUGUUUUCCAAUACUACUGGCACACUCGGGACUGCAAAUGGUAGAACCAGGCCUUACUUUCUAAAUCAGAUUCGGUUCUGUUUGUCAAUGGAUGCUCUUUAAUGUGCUACUUAAUUUUGUUACGUGAGUCAGUCAAGGAUUGUUCAUCCUUUGAGUACUCUAGAAGUAUGUUAUACCUGUAUACAGUAGAGAGCAUUCUCCUUAGGUAUUUAUAAAUCAUUGCGUAUAAUGUACAUAGUAAGGUUGUUUAGUAUGUUGAACAUGACCCGAUUAAUUUUUUUGUGUUUCCUUUGAAGUACUCAAAGGGCUAGCUCUGAAUGUCACCUCUCUGAUCUCCAGUGUUCUGACUUCAACAAGAUGUACAAUCAUUUUGUUUUCUCUUCAGCAAGCAUAAAGGUCUCUCUGGCUACAAAUCACAGUGUCCAUGCACGCUUGCAGAGAAAGAUCUGCAUGCUGGCAGUGCCUCACCGCACCGGUGAAGCUUGUGUUCAUGUUCUCCUGGCAGUAGGCAUCUACUGCAGCUGACUUUUGUUUUCCUUGCUGCCCAUUAUGCAGGGCUUCAAUUUUUCGUAUCUUAAAAAAAAAGAAAAAAAAAAGAAAAGAAAAAAAAUAGUGAAUUUUCUUUGCCCACCAUGCUCUAGAAGUCUGAAUGGGAGCAAACUCUCAGCAGACAGUGGCUCCUGGCUGCAAGGUUGCCGAAAUCUCGGAUGUGGAUGUUUUUUCUGCCAUUGGCUGCACCAGUGCUCCGUGGGCAUGGGCAGAUACCAGAUCCAUCCGCCCCACAGGUCUACGUACUGUAGUUCUCAUGUAGUGCAGAAAUACCGAGGCAUGUGGCUUUCUUAAGGUACACUAUGUGUGCUUGCCUGGAUUACAAUACAAUAUGAGACUGUCUUUUUUUAUUGCUUAUUACUAGCUUACCAAUAACCUGUAUAAGUAAUGUAACUCGCAUCUUUGUCAUCAAAAACUUUUCUCCCCACCCCUUUAUUUAUCAAGCAUAAUAUUACAUAUUAAGGGACAGAAAAAAUAGACCUUUGUAGAAUGCAGCAGGACAUUGCUAACAAUGUUUUAAAUGGGAAGUAAAAACCUGCUCUGAAAAACGCCAGCCACGAGAAAUGACUUUGUUGGCACCGUGUUCAUGCGCAUGUAUUUUUUUCUAUUUUUUCCGCUUUUGUCAUGUUACAUCCAUAUCUGUAUUUAUAUCUUAUUUGUUUCACUUUUGAGUGUAUCAUGGCAAUUGUACAGAUGGUUUUUGUUAACAUUUACGUGAUAGAAUUUGCUAAGAAAAAAAAAAAUAAAACCUUUUGAGUUUGCCCUAGAA